AUGAAUAAUUUAUCGAAUCGAAAAACUUUUUACUCUUCUUUUUCUGUUUCUUUUUCUUUUUUCUUCUUCUUCUUCGUUUUCUUCUUUUCUUCUUCUUUUACUUUUCCUUUUCUUCUUCUUUUUCUUCUUCUUCUUCUUUUUUCUUUUUCUUCUUCCUCUACUUUUUCUUCUUUUUCUUCUUCUUUUUCUUCUUCUUCUUCUUUCUUUUCUUCUUUUUCUUCUUUUUUUACUUUUUCUUCUUUUCCUUUUUCUUCUUCUUUUUCUUCUUUCUUUCUUCUUCUUCUUCUUCUUUCUUUCUUUUUUUCUUGUUCUUCUUUUUCUUCUUACUUCUUCUUCUUUUUCUUCUCCUUCUUCCCUUUCGUUUUCAGUGACCCAUGUCUAUUAAGUGAUCUUUCUUUCUUUCUCUCUACUCUCUCCCUCCCCCUCCAACUUUUAGUCCACUUCUCAUACUUUCUCUCUCUUUUUCCUUUCUUUCUCUCUCUCACUUUCUUUCUUUCUUUCUUUCUUUCUUUCUGCGUCUUUCUUUCUUUCUCUUCCUCUUUCUUUCUGUCAUUUUUUCUAUUUCUUUCUUUCUUUCCUUCUCUCUCUCGUUCUUUCUUUUUCUUUCUUUCUUUCUUUUUGUGUCUUUCUUUCUUGCUUUCUUUCUUUCUCUUCCUCUUUCUUUCUUUCUUUUCAAAUCAUUCUUUCUUUCUUUUUUCUUUCUUUUUCUUUUUUCUCUCUCUAUUCUUUCUUUCUUUCUUUCUUUCUUGCUUUCUUUCUUUUUCUUUCAUUCUUUCUUUCUCUCUCUCUUUCUUUCUUUUUCUUUCUUUCUUUCUUUCUCUUUCCUUCUUUCUUUCUUUAUCUUUCUUUCUCUUUUCUUUCUCUCUCUCUGUUUUUCUUUCUUAUUUUCUCUCUCUUUUCUUUCUCUUUCUUUGUUUCUUUCUUUUUUCAAAAAGAAUCUUUUUUUUUUUCUUAAAAAUUUCUUUCAAUGAAUUUCUUUCUUUCUUUCUUUCUUUCCUUCUCUCUCGUUCUUUCUUUCUUUCUUUCUUUCUUUCUUUCAAUUCUUUCUUGCUUUUUUCUUGCUUUCUUUCUUUUUAA